CACACCGGCAGUGAACCGAAGCCCCCAUUGUAGCCCCAGAUCCCAGUAUUGGGCAAGUAGUGGGACCUCCUGCGGGUUAAUGCUGUGUAUGGAGGUAAAUAUAUUCCAAGUUAGAGAAGUGCAGAUAUCACCUGGAGUCCACUUUCUAAGGAUUUCAUGUUCUGGGUCCUUUGGGCUCUGCUCUGUGUGGCUAAUUGGGUCCAUAUAGGGCUAGUGACGUCAGAGGGGGUAGUAGAGACAGUCCAAGGGCACUGGGAGAGAAGGGUUUGGUAUGUGUGGGCUCCUGGUCAGUUCUAUAUUGCUGAUUAUGAUCCUGAUCUCAAACAUUGGAGUUCUGUAGAAUUGCCCCCAGAGCUGACAGUCAGGCAGCUGGAAUCCUGUUAAAGUUGGUUCCCCAUAGAGAUGUGUUACCUGAUCUCCCAGGAACCCACAUGUACACUGUCUGAAGAGGAUGCUGAGUGAAGACUUGCUAUGUAAGUAACUAAAGUGACACUCUAAUCACCCAAAGCACAAAUAUACAAAAGAGAAAAACUCUUCACGAAAAAGGAACUUACGCAAGCUAAAGUGCUGUAUGGGUCCAGAGUGCCCCUUUGUGUACUGUAGCUUGCUGAAGUUCUCUAUGUGUGAAGAGUUUUUCUCUUUUGUAUAUUUUACAAAAAGUGAAGGUUUUCUUUUUUUUUUCAGAAAUCAGCACUUUUAUAAAUUAACCUUGUUACUGGCUUCCAAUUAGACAACCUGUCCUGUUACUUUUUUGGUUUAUUUGGCUUGGUGGAGUUAAACUCAAGAGGCACCAAUUGCCCAUUGCACCUUCCUUGCAAAGACUUCUCAUUGAGCUGCAUUGGGCAGUCUGUGAUUGGACGGCAACAGAAAGUCUGGGCGUGGAAAAAGGGGAGGGCUUUCAAGGGCUGAAGACCGCAAGCUGUUUUUAGAUGCAGUAGUUCAUGCCUGCAUAAUUGCAUUGUGGGUAUAUCUAGUAAAUCUUUAAAUAUAUUUAUAUAUAUUAUUUACAUUGGAGUGUUCCUUUAAGAUUUCAAUGAGGUUCAGGAGCUGCUCUGCAGCACAGGAAGUCAGGAAUUUUAGAGUAAAGGUGAGGUUUAAUAUCUGGCUUAGGGACUAAUGUAGCCUAACCCCAAUUAUUGUUCUACCUAGAUGUAAUAAUGAAAUUAACCUUAGACAUUAUUGUAACCCGAAGUGUUCGUGAUCACCUACUGUAAAUUCAGUCCCUAAAGCUAACACUUCUUUAACCCAGAAGUUUCUACUUCCUUGUGCUACAGUGCACUGAAACCCAACCUUUACUUUCCUUACAAUAUCUCGCCGAGUAGCCUCUUCAGCAAGUGUGCAUGCAAGUCUUAGAGAGUUCCGGUAAAAGAUUAUUAUGGGGAACAAACUUUAGCACUACACUGAGCUGCUUAUACUUUCCAUGCCCAAGUUUAGUGGUGUAUUUUGGUUUUGUGCUGCUCUAGGCAUGACUUGGACCCCGUCACCUACAUUUCUCUUUCUGUUUUCCCACAUACUCACUGUCAGCUACACACUCACUGACAGACAGAUACGCAUACACAAUCAUUGAUAGAAACACAUACACAAUCAGUGACAGACGCACACUCACUUAGUUGCUCCCUUGAUAAAGGCAUUUUUGCCGAAACGUUGGGGGUGUUUUUGUGACUGACUCUGUCCCUGCUUCUCACUAGGUCUGGUAUGCUUAUUGUUAUAUAUAUUUUUGUAUAUUUAUGUUUGUGGGGUUGGAUUAGACUGUUAUUUAAUUUCUCUAUUUUUUGUAUAUUGAGACUCUGUUAUUUAUAUAAGACGCUUUUGGCGUACAUACAUAUAUAUUCAGAAUUUUUCUGAUCAUUGCUGUAUAGCAUGAUAUGAUCCUAUAUUUUGGAUCUUUAUGUUAUGUGAUAUUUUUAUAAAGUAUACCCACUUAAUAAAGAUUGUUUUAUUACUAUUGAUGGUUGUGCUCCUUACUCCAUUGUUAUUUAUAUGUAUUUGGGCUUUUGGGGAUAAAGCCUUAUGUGAGUGAGCAUCCCAUAUUGUAUUUUAAUAGAGCUCCACUUGGGAGCUUGCAUAUAUUUCAUAUUGAGUGUGCCUACCUUAUUUAAUUUUUAAGCACACUCACUUAGUGUCAGACACACACCCAAUCAGAGUCACACACACUCACUGACAGACACACAUAAAAACACUGACAGACACACAUACACUCUCACUGAUAGACACACACACAUACACUCACAAUUUUUUUUUGUAUUAUUACAGUCCAUCCAGCCUCCCUACCUUUGGGAGUGCUGGAGUGGAUUCUCUAUUUCCCUGGGAUCCAAUGGGGGUCCUUUCACUGCCAGGCAGGCAGCGAAUGCAGGUGGCGAUGGAGCUCUGAUCUUCCUGCUCUGCUCCCUUGCGUUUUGCUUAGUGAUGCAGGGGCCAGAGUGAUGUCAUAUUCUGGGGUUGGCAUCCUUGCGGGGCAUGCGAGGGAGCAGAGCAGGAAGAGCUUAAGGGACAGCGCUCCCUCACCGCUCGCCUUCAAAAUUAGCAGAUGCCAGCCUUGGGGAGGGGGACCGACGGAGAAGAGUUUGACAACACAAAUGCCGUGGCAUUUAGGGGGCAGUGUUUUCCAGCCCCCCUCCCCACCCCUGAAAGUGCCGCCGAAAGCAAAUGCCUUGUCAGCCUUGCGUUAAAUACAGCACUGACCAAGUGCAUGGUGUUUAUGAGAUAAAUAGUUUAGCCCUCACAUGUAAAUAUACAUAUCACAUAGGAUCAUUUAAAAUAGCAGCCAAACAAAACCUGCUAUAUUUACAGGGGGUUUCAAAGUUUUUGUAACUUUUGUGUCAUGUACUCCUGAGCCUCCAAGCACACAAGCACAAAGAUACAAAUCGGGCUCUCAACAGAGCUGCAGGGAAGGGAGAAUUGGAUGAAUUGUAGAUGGCAAAGGAAGAAGGAAAAAUUGUUUCUGGUAUGUCCGCCUCAAAACAUGAAUAGGCAGCAGCACAUUAUCCUAGUAGACUUUUAGAUCCACCAUAAAUCAUAACUGUAUGUUCAUUGUGCUCCACAGCUAGCUAGCAGCCGAGGGUUUGACUGCUGAGUCCACUCAAAUGUGAGUUCUUUUUGAGCAGAAGUUAGACCCUGUCUCAGGGGAUCAGAGGAGAACACAGCAGCUGUUUGUGUGGAACCCAGCAGAUCAGGUGAGUCUCUCAAUAAGCACACCGCAGGAAUGGAUGCUAAAUCUUAACACCCUGCUUUUCCCAUGUGUCUCAGCCCAAAUUCUAUUUUAAUGUGGGGUGUCUCUGAGUUUAUUAAAGAGCUCCACAGCAGUAAAACUCUGAUUAGCGUGCAGUGGAUAUGGCAAUAAAGCUGAGUUCCAGAUCAUUAAAACGGUGCAAUGCACAAUAGGCAUAGAUAAUCUCCUCGCUCCUCAGGAAAACAGUCCAUAGUUUGUAUGUGAUAGCAACCUAGAGCUCCACAGCAGUACAUUUCACAGUUAUAUAAUGUGAGUGUAUCAUAGAACACUGUCUAAACAUGAUCUAAUGAUGAGUAUACAUCUGUUGGUGGCAUUUGUAGUAGCUUAAAUGCCAAUGAUACCCCAUCCACAAGAAAACUUAGGAACAAUCCACAGCAAAAAAUAUAGCAGUCAAUAUACUUAUACUAAUACAAUAUACAAAUACUAGGCAUUGAAAUACAAAGACUGAAUGUGCUUUGUGCUCUGUAAAAACAUAUUGCUGAAAACAAUAAAAUAUAGUUAUAAAAAAUAAAAGUCCUAAAUGAGAUAAAAAAAUGGGGCUGAAUUACUCCAUAAUGUAAUGUGUCCUGUGCAAGUGUAUACAGAAAUGUCACCCAUGAGCUUAAAACAGCAAAGAUUGCAAUAAAAUAUGUAGUGAGUGAUAAAGAAUGGAAGAAUUGACCCCUAAUAUUCACAACAAUCUGGAAUGACUUUCCACUAUAAUAAAAUUGGUGUGUUCGUGAUUCUUUGGAAUACACAGCCAAUGCCAAGACUAAGCUACUGCCAUCCUUAGCUGCCUGGAUAGAUCUGAAGAGAUUAACUUUUUAACUGUUUGUAAUUGUAUUGGGAACAGGGUAGACUGUUCCCCAUCUUGGGAUCAAAACCUCUCCAGCUACAUCGUCCAUCCCUUCUCCACUAGAACCAGAGACCUCCACCACAAUUCUUCUUGGUAAGGUCUUCUCUAUACCCACUACACAGUCAGAUAUGCUUUAUUGAACAUAAGAAUUAGCCUCCAGCAAUCCAACAUUCAUGUUAUAAUGACAACCAAAACAAUUUAUGCAAAUUCCCUAACAAAAACAUUCACAUAACAAUUUAAAUAAAGUAGGACUUCAGUGGUAGUGACACUACCCAAAGACUAUUCCAUUACAUAGAUUUUUAAUAUUUGAUGCUCCUUCUGACACUAUUUACAUAUGCACAAGCAUUCAUGUGAACAGUAUUGUACUGUAUGUUUGUAGAUUGCUUUGCAAUCAGAUGUCCACGGUUACUGUUAUUCAAAGGGACAAAUACUGUAAAACAAAAGAAUGUCCUGUGGUCAUUGAUGUGUACAUUCAUGGCUAUACUUAUAGAUGAACGUGACCUUGAUCAUACAGUGAUUCUGUAAAAACAUGCACUCACUCAUUGAAUCUUAAAGGGACACUAUAGGCACCAACACAACUUUAGCUUACUGAAGCAGUUAUGGUGUAUAGAUCAUGCCUCUGCAGUCUCACUGAUCAAUUCUCUGCCAUUUAGGUGCUAAAUCACUUUGUUUAUACAGCUCCAGCCACACCUCCCUGCAUGUGGCUUACACAGCCUUCCUAAAGACUUCCUGUAAAGAGAGAUCUAAUGUUUAAACUUCCUUUAAUGCACAGUCUAUUUCAUUUAGAAUGUAUAUUUUGCUCUGUUAAUAGACUUCUAGAGCCUGCAGCAGCUUCCUGUGUGUGAAUAAAGUUUUAUUUACAGAGGGAGGUGUGGCUAAAGCUAAAUAAAUAGAAACAAAGGUGAUUUAACUCGAAAUUGGCAGAGAAUUGAGCAGUGAGACUGCAGAGACAUGAUCUAUACACCGAAACUGCUCCAUUAAGCUAAAGUUGUUUUGAAGCUUAUAGUUUUCCUUUAAUAGAAGAAAAUAUAAAGAAAAAAAUAGUUGUAGAGAAGCUGCGGUACAACUGGUUGAUUAGGCCACUUUGAAGACAUAGAACACACACAACUAUACAAUACUGCCUCAAUACGUUAUGCACCUUGGGCUAAAGAUUAGCACGUUUAUGACACUAGUUGUGCCAAUGAUGACAUGAUACAUAUAUGUUACAGAGAACAGAAUUGCAUAGCAAUGCUGGUUGCUCAAGUAGAAUGAGAUCACCAGAACUGUUGUGUGUGCGACACUGAGUACCUUUGAGAAUCACUCUUUACUCACCUGUAUUACUACAGCAAUGUAUGCGAUAGUAGAAGCACAUUGCAGUGAUAGUAUGCAAUAGAAUCAGGUAGCUAUGCCAGCCAGCGUAUCUAUAGGUGUGAAUAUUCCAUGACCCAUGAGAGCUGUCACAUGGCAGGGGUUGCGUGACACAUAUUUGCAGUUCUUCCCCAGAGUGUAACUGACAUAGCCUGCAUGAAAAAGAUAUUUUAACAUUUUCGAUCAGAUGUUAACUUGCUUUAGAUCUUCUUUUUUUAUCUCCUGCUCUGUAACUUGAACUUUAAUCACACACAGGAGGCUCCUGCAAGGUCUAGCAGGCUAAUAACAAUGCAGGAGAUAUUCAAUUUGAAAUUCAAGACAUCAUGCAAUGAAAGAAGUUUAAACAGUAGAUGUCACUUUACGGGAAGUGUUUAGAAAGGCAAGCUGUGUAAGUCACAUGCAGGGAGGUGUGACUAGGGCUAGAGACUUGAGCAGGGGCAUGAUCUAUACACCAAAACUGCUUCUUUGAACUAAAGUUGUUUUUCAGUAAUUUGUUUAUAACCAGGAUUUUAUUUGUUUCUGGGUCAGGGCUUAACAUUUGCAGUCAUUAUUUAUGUUUGGCUUGGUGCCUGCAUGCCUAAUAUACGUGGCUGCUGAACUAGUGCUAAAAAAAGCUGGUGUAAAAGGGACCAGAUAAUUGCGGUUUCAGAAUUCACAUCCACCUCUAAUUUCCUAAGCACACUCCUUUUGCAUCCCCUUCCCACCAACUAGACAGUCACUCCAACGGCCCAGUCCUUUUUCUUCAAGUUUUUGUUUCCAUGUUGCUAAAAUUGCACAGGAUUGCUGGAUUCUCCAGAACAGUAUGGAUUAAAGAAGCAGAUUGUUACAAUAGAUUUAUAGCCUAUCAUCCACCUCAUCCAACACAGGAGAAUCAAAGACAAAGCCGCUUAGAGAUUGACGGAAUUAUAGAGUGAAGGAGACCACAAUUGCUCUCACACAACAUGUCGAUAUGCAGCAGAUGUAUCAAACCAUGCAUUGUUGACACUGAGGUCAAAUUCUACUCACAGUGAAGUUAAGGAAUCAGUAAAAAUAUAUUGACCCCUAACUUAACUUUUCAGUUAGCACUAUUAGCAAUAUGUCUCUCGGUGUGAAUGUUUUACAUCUUCUCAAGUCCUGUUUAUAUGGAAAGGGGAAAAGACCUAUUGACAGUGGGGAGACAUGAGAUUGUAGUGAUAUAGGGUGGGCUAGUAAUUUCACUGGAAAUAUAAAGGUCUAACGAUAAAAGCUAAGUGGUUUUCACAAUGAUCAGGAACUUUUACACCUCGAUUCAUAUUUUGCUUUAGAUGCUUUUAAAAGUAAAAGUAUAACUGAAGGCCAUUAUAUUUGAUUUUAUUGGGUUUUGUGGUGAAAUAUAUUCUAACCCACUGUUCUCACAUUGACAGAAAUCUUCUAAGGAAGACUCUGAACAAUUCUAUAUGAAUUAUGGAUGAACUAUCAAUCAUAAAAGUUGAAUUGUCUCCAAAUCCCAUUUUGUCAGAUCAAGAGGAUACCAUUAUUCAAGAUGCAGACCAGCAUAACCAAGAAAUCCUCCAAGGGCAAAACCAUGAAAUUGAUAAAAUGUCACGUCAUUGCUCUGAAUCUAUCUGUAAACUAGACAAUUAUGAAAAUGGAAAGCACAAGCCUCAACAUUUCAAAAACCUAAAUGUUCACACAGAGGAGAAACCUUUUGUAUGUUCUGAAUGUGGGAAAUGUUUUCCCAGAAAGUCUAAACUUAUCAUACAUGUGAGAACUCACACAGGAGAGAAACCAUUUUCAUGCUCUGAAUGUGGGAAAGGUUUUCCUUCAAUGUCAAAUUUAAUUAAACAUGAAAGAAUUCACAGAGGUGUGAAACCAUUUUCAUGUUCUGAAUGUGGAAAAUGUUUUAUCACAAAGUCAGAGCUUGUUGUGCAUGAAAGAAUUCACACAGGAGUGAAACCAUUUGCAUGCUCUGUAUGUGGGAAACGUUUUACCACAAAAGCAUAUCUUAAUUCUCAUGAAAAUGUACACACUGGGGAAAAACUAUUUAAAUGCUCUGAAUGUGGGAAAUGUUUUAUCAGAAAGGCCGGUCUUAUCAAACAUAAAAGAAUACACACAGGUGAGAAACCAUUUGCAUGUUCUAAAUGUGGAAAGUGUUUUACAACAAAAUCAACUUUGAUUUUUCAUGAGAGAAGGCAUGUAGGAGACAAACCAUUUGCAUGUUCUGAAUGUGGGAAACGUUUUACAACAAAGCCAGAACGUAUUAAGCAUGAGAGAAUUCACACAGGUGAGAAAUUAUUUGCAUGUUCUGAAUGUGGGAAAAGUUUCACUACAAUGCAUGAACGUAUUAAACAUGAGAAAACUCACACUGGAGGAAAAUUGUUUGCCUGUUCUAAAUGUGGAAAAUGCUUUACCACAAAGUCAACUCUCAUUGAACAUGAAAGAAGACAUGCCGGAGACAAACCUUUUGCCUGUUCUGAAUGUGGAAAAUGUUUUACCACGAAGUCAGAUCUAAUGAAACAUGAAAGAAUUCAUACAGGAGACAAACCAUUUGCAUGUUCUGAAUGUGGGAAAUGUUUUACUACCCAGUCAGGCCGAAUGGCUCAUGAAAGAAUUCAUACAGGAUUAAAACCAUUUGCAUGUUCUCUAUGUGGGAAACACUUUACAACACAAUCUUAUCAAAUAGCACAUGAAAGAACGCAUACUGGAGAGAAGCCAUUUGCAUGUCCUGAGUGUGGGAAAUGCUUUAUUACAAAGUCAGCUCUCCUUAAGCAUAAAAGAACUCACACUGGAGAGAAACCAUUUGCAUGUUCUGAAUGCGGAAAGCGUUUUACUAGAAAGUCAUAUCUGAUUUCCCAUGUAACAAUGCACACUGGGGUCAAACCAUUUGCAUGUUGUGAAUGUGGUAAAGGUUUUACCAGCACGCAACACCUUCUUAGACAUCAGAGCACUCAUACGGGUGAAAAACCAUUUGAAUGUUCUGACUGUGGGAGAGGUUUUUCCAGAAUGUCAAGUCUUAUUUCUCAUGAGAGAUCUCACACAGGAGAGAAACCAUUUGAAUGUUCCGAAUGCGGAAAAUGUUUUACCAGAAAGUCAAAUCUUAAUUCACAUAAAAAAAGCCACAAAGAUGAGAAGUCAGUUGAAAGUGAUGAAUAAAUUUAACAAUUUAAAACAAAUUCAGAUCUUAGAUAUUUGGAAUGCCCCCACCUUGAGAAGAAGUAUUGCAUGUUCUCAAUGAAGGCACUGUUCUAUUUUUCAUAGUAGUAGUAUUUUUUUUAUUUCCAUGCACACAAGGUAAUUCAAAAAAUGUAAUUUAACAUUCAAGAUGAAAUUAGAAGUUGAAGUUCUAGAACACAGUAGCCAGAUUGGAAAUAUUCUCCAAGUCACCUAUGUAUUCAGGCCGACUGUUUUGGCUCAAAGUUUUAAAUUUACAUUGAAUCUAUGACAAUUCAAACUUUAGUGAAUAAACCAGAUACUGAUGCUUGUAAAUGGAAGGUCCACAAUGUAAUUAUGCUGAUGUUUAUCUCAACAGGAAAAGACGUGUAUGGAAAUUAGAAAUUUAUAGUUAUCACAUGCCUUGGAAGCACAAGGUGUGUACACGCUGUUAAUAUAUGUGUACUUGACUAUAUUGUUUACUUGCGUGAUUCUCUACUUCAUUGUCUGUAUUUCACCUUUCACAUCAUGCAAAUUAUUUUCAUAUUUCAAAAUAUAGGUUUAUUAUAACUGAGUAAUUCUUCAUAGCCUAAUAAUACAUACUAUACAAUAUGUAUUUAUUAAGUACAGUUAAUUUUUUAAAACAGUCAACAUUAGUAGAUCUUCACAAUUAAAUGCAUUAUAAUUGUGCAUGAGUAAUGCUUAAUCGUCGUGACUCUCCUUUUCUGCGUCCCUGGUCACCAGUGGCAAUAUAUUAAAUCAGGGCAAUAUCCAAACUAAGACUUAACCACAUUGGGGAGUUUCAUCCAGAAUUAUAACAUUUAUAAGAGUGUGAGAUUGUCAUCCCAUAUAGGCUCUUGCUUAUUUAUCCACACGUCUGUGUACAGAAUACCAAUCAACUGUAAUAUGAAAUAUAAAAAGGAUAUUACAGUGUCUGACAGUAUAUCCAAACUCUAUCCAAUGUUUAGCUGCUUCCUUGCUAGCUGAAACAAUGCUGUAAGCUGUGGAAAACUCUGCUGUGUGUAUGUUCUUUGAAGCAUUAUUAAAGGGACACUAUAGUCACCAGAACAAUUACAGCUUAUUGAAUUUGUUCUGGUGAGUAGAAUCAUUACCUUCAGGCUUUUUGCUGUAAACACGGUCUUUUCAGAGAAAAUGCAGUGUUUACAUUACAGCCUAGUGCUAACUUCACUGGCCACUCCUUAGAUGGCUGUUAGAGAUCCUUCCUGGGUCAUGGCUGCCUAAAAUGCAUCCAAACAUUCCGUGUCUCCUCCCUCUGCAUGCAGACACUGAACUUUCCUCAUAGAGAUUCAUUGAUUCAAUUCAUGUCUAUGAGGAGAUGCUGAUUGGCCAGGGCUGUGUUUGAAUCAUGCUGGCUCUGCCCCUGAUCGACCUCCUUGUCAGUCUCAGCCAAUCCUAUGGGGAAGCAUUGUGAUUGGAUCAGCAGACAGCUUGUUUAUCUGAGGCAAACAUCAUGCAGAUCUACAGCUUCAGGCUUCAAUACUGUAAGAUUUUGCCAUAUUUAUGGAGGCAUGAGGGGUCCAGGGGGGCUAGAUGGUGGUUUUAACACUCUAGGGACAUGAAUACAUGUUUGUGUUCCUGUAGUGAUCCUUUAAGAGCAGUUGAGCUAAAAGAAACUGUGUUACAUGUAGAAAACAUUGUGACAGUAACACAUAAUCUCUCAGAAUGUCACUAAUGAUGAAAGGGGCAGAUUAUAUUGAUGGAAAGGAUAAAGCAUACAGUUGGUUAACUUUAUAGCUUUAUCCUACUAACCAAUUAAUCCAUAAAGGGCAGGUUGGAACUCUAGGUGGAAGGAUGUAAAUUAACUGGACUAGUUGAACUAGAAUGUGAUAGAUCCCUCAAAAAUAGAUCCCUCAAAAUGUGGUUUGAUUUGAGGGUUUGAUAAAAUAAGAUAAAAAUAAGAUAAAAAUGUCUGUGUGGAAACAGAGGUGGAGACUUUAAAAGGGUUUGUUAAAGGGUCCUGUAAGGUGGGUUUAGUGUGAAGGUAAUACUCAGAUGUAAUGUUGCCAUGGGACAGCCAGGAAAGGCAGCAUUUCUAUGCAUACUUACCAGACGUACCUAAAACUGGCCGGAACUGGUGUUGGGGUGUUUUUCUUAAAGGAACACUAUAGCAUUUAGGAAUACAAAUCUGUAUUUUUAAAGCUAUAGUGUUUCCUUACCUAUGUAUGUAUACAUCUCCCCUAGCAGGGACUUAAAAGGUAAGAUUUAGUUACGUUACAUCAUGCACAAUGCUUGUGUCUUUGCUGCCGUUCUGUCUGAGACUGAUGAUCUGAGCAAAUCUAAUGUUUCCCCCUCUCGCCCCAGCAAAACACCUGCUGCGCCAAUCAAAUGCUCUUUAUGAGAGUCAUUAGAGCUAUAGCCGAAUCUAACUUAGAUAAAGCUGCGGAAGAGACAGCCGAGAGGCAUGUUAACCCUGCAAUAAAAACAUUGCUGUUGCUGCAAAACUAUGAAUACAUUGCCAUUAAUGUAAAACUGCCAUGUUUUCAGAUGCAGGGUUAAAAUGACAGGGAUAUGGCACCCAGGUCACUUCUUUGAAUUUAUAGAGUCUCUUUAAGGUUGAUUAAAGAUAAAGCUUUAGAAUGUACAUGUAGUAUGUUUCUUAUUGUAUCUAAGUAGAGAAAGAAAAUAAUCGGUGUGUUUCUUUGAAAAUUCCGUUACCUCACCUCUCCUCAUAAACGCAGGUCAAGCAGCAGAUAGAUUACCUGAUGCACAGUUAUCUGACUGGAGGAUUAUAGGAUUUUAUAAGGCCCUCUCCCUGCCUGUGGUCAUUGAGACUCAGUUCUGUAUUAUAUUGUAUAUAUAGUUUUAUUGAACUACACAUUUAAAUCUCUAAUGGGUGGUUAAUAAUAGAUGGGGACUAAAAAUGUACAUCAAAGGAUAUAAAGUCAUCCCACUUCCUCCAUUAUAAUGCGAUGAAGUCACUUCAUUAUUAAAUGUAUAUAGUUACUCUUCCAGUCAUUAGUUAAUUGUACUUAGAUUAAAAUUACUGAAUACUAACUAAUUAUCUAGGGUAUAUUUUGUGAUAUGAUUUAUUGGAUUAUUAUUACUACGAAUCAGUGUAAUAGUCUUAUGGAAUCAAGCAGUAAUACAAUUGUGUGUGUUUUGUCAUAGCAGUUAGAAGCAAUUAUGUGUAUAAUUAAUAAAGAUGGUUUUUUUUUUACAGAGGCCUGUUUUCAUUAAUUCAUAUUAGAUUCAAUAAAAUAAAUGGGUUUAGGAUAGUUAAUGCAAUGUAGAAAUGAAUGUCUUGGCUCUGAG